AUGAGCAGUAAUAUAAGCUCAUCUGCAAAUGAUUUAACGGAAAUUGCUAUGGUUCAGCCAUUUACAAUUAAAGGUUCGAUGCCCGACAUCAUGCAAACAAGAGAGGCAAAUAAAAAAUUGAAAGCCGAUUUGUUUGAAUUAAAAUCAAAAUAUUAUCUUUUAAAGCAAGAAUUACCCGCCAUUCGUGAUAAUAAAGACAUAGAUUUCAGUGAGGAUUAUAUCAAUAUGCGAGUUAAAUUAUCGGAAGCAGAAAAAGAACGGUUAAAUCUGAAAGCUGAAAUAAAUGAAUUAUCUGAGAAACUUAACUCAUUGAUAACCACGCGAAAGAUGGAAAAAUCGGAAUGGAAUGAAGAAAAACAGAUGAUCGUAGCCGAAACAAAUCAGCUUCGUGAACAAAUAAGCGAUCUGAAGCAAAAGUUAUGUUUGAAAACAGUAUUCGAGCUAGAUUUGGAGCUAGCAAGAAAGCCUGCUGACGACGAAAGUCAUGCGGAGAGUUCCAUAAGCAAUGUUUCGCUUAUAUCAGAAAGCUCUGGACAAUUAGCGAAAAUGCAUUCAAUAAUAUUGCGGAAACAGUAUGAUCAAGAAAAGGCGAAAUUAGAAUUUGCCAAAGAAAUCGAUUCAUUGAAAGAUAAGUUAUCAAUUCUUGAGUUAGAAGUAAAGGAGAAAGACCAUCAAAAUGAUCAAAUGGAAAAGGCUUACGAGGAGAUGAAGAAGGAAGUUUACAAGCUUGAAGAGGAAAUCAAGAAACGUGAUAAAGCUAUCAAUGCCUUGGCAAAAGCAUUAGAUAAAAAGAGAGAGGCUAAUUCUAUUUUGCACCAGGAUGGAGACGCUGAAAUCUUUUUGAGAGAUCCUUAUGAAAAGGAAAUGAACGAGAAGGUUAAUAUAACCACAACUGAUUUACUCAGUCGGUCGCUCGUUUUAAGUGAAGAUCUUGCAAAUAUGAAAGCGAAAAUGAGUCUUUUUAAAUCAGUGUGUUCAAAGUUGUUUACGAAGCUGAGUGGUACUGCCAAUUUUCUUCAGUCACUUUUAGCUGAAUUUGGUGCCACAGAAAAAGGGCAUCAUUUUAUUGAUGAAAUAAAUGAACUGAGAAUUGAUCUUGACAGUUCAUUAUCCCUUGUUCAUGAAAUCAGCAAGAAAAUUGGAGAAACAGAGGUGAACGUUAGUGAUCUCAAAAUAUAUUUGGAGCGCACCGUUAAUUGCUCAAUGAAUGAAAUUGAGAUUUCGCAAAAUUUGCAAGAAGUAAAGCAAGAUAUUUCGGAUCAAAAGCUUAUAACCGAAUUGGCUGCCGUUAAAAAGUGUCUGAAUGAGAAGGAACUUCUGUGGGCACAAAUUGAAGAGUCAUUAAAAAAACAAUGCACCUAUCAAGAAGAUCAAAAUACUCAACUUCAACAGGAAAAUUCUUCAUUAAAACAAUUAGACCAAAGAUGCCGUUUGGAAUGUUUAAAUAAAAAUUUGGUGAAGCAUGAUGAACAAAUACAGUUAUAUAAAUCAAUUUCUGUGGUCGAUGAACUUAUAAAAAGUCUUAGGGAAGAGCUUCAUCGAGUUACUGAUAAUGCUAAAACUAUUGAGGAAGGCAGAAAAAAAGCGGAAACAAACUGUGCUUUAUUUUUAUGUCAAAAACAGAAAUUUGAGGCAAAGAAAAUGGUCAAAUAUCGUGAAAUCGUUGAAAGCAUGGAAAGACGGAAAUCCAGCUCUUCAUCGAUUCAAGUACAAACUGAAAUAAAUAUUGACUGGAUCGCUUCACUCGAAGCUGAACAUCAAAAACUGUUGCUAAUAAAUAUUUGCGAGCAAGAGAAUAAGCCUGGGGGUGCAACAUUUCAGCUAUUUUUAGCAGUGCGCUGUUCUGGAUCUCUUGGAUUGUUGUUCUUGGAUUCUGUUGAAGCCACUUUCUUUGUUUGUGAGUCACAAUCUCUUUUAGUUCUUUUUAGGAAUCAGAUGGUUUUCUCAGACUCAGAUCUUGUAAAUCUUUUCCAGCAAUUGCUUCAGAUGCAAAACUUAUAUGAAAAGGAAGUGACCGAGUUGACAUCGCAACUUAAGAACAAAAAUAUUUUAUUGAAACAUUUUACGAAUAAGGGCAGCAUAAUGCAUUGCGAGCCAAUUUCACUAAAGCAAUCUGGUGAUGAUCGUAUAAAAUCGAUAUCUCAAGUAGAUGAAAAAUUUGAAGAAUUAGACAAUGGAAAGGAAUCGCCUUUUGAAUUGUACACUGGAAAAGAGUUGUCUUCCAUCAAUUUUAGGCGAAUGAGCGAUUCAGCUCAUUGCUGUGUCCAGAUUUUCAAGAAGCUAAUUCACCAUGGUGUUAAAAGAGUUGAUCUUGAAACGGCAUUAGGUAUGGCUCGUAGUUUGCGAUCACAGUUAUAUAUCCUUUCGAAAUGCUCGGAUAAUACUGAAUCUAUAAAAGAAAAUGUGGCGUCAUCGUCGGAGAGAAACUCCUUGAAAGAGGAAAAUAUUCGUUUGCAAUUGGCUUUAAAUGAUGCGACCGAAUUACUUAAAAUUGCUGAGGGGAAAUUAAAAAUCCAGCCAGAGUCGAAAGUUAUUUGUCACCGAAUAACUGAAGAAAUAAGCAAAAUUCACGAUGUCCUCAAGAAUACGAAGGAGAUUCUUCGCUUUUCUUGA